CCCUCUCCCCAUAACAUUUCUGGUCUUCUCUUUUGUCUGGACGAGAAAUGGGAAGGAAGUGCUCGCGUUGUGGGAACAUAGGCCAUAACUCAAGGACUUGCACAGCUCUCAUGGGCGCAGCAAGUGCUUGUGGACACAAGCUCUUUGGCGUUCAACUUGACCUAUCGCCGCCGCCGCCGCCGCCGUCGUCUUCUUCUUCUUCUUCGUCGUCGUCAGCAUCUCGUAGUUGUGCACAUCCUUAUUCACUUGCCGUAAGGAAGAGCCUCAGCAUGGACUGUCUCUCUUCUUCCUCGGCCUCCUCCUCGUCUCCAUCUUCAUCUCUCUCCUCGCCGAGAGUUCUUGCCGACGAACCCUGCGAUAAGACCUCCCUCGGGGAUCUCUCCGACGGCCUCGCCGCCGGAUCCCAAGAGAAAAGGAAAGGUGAGAGUUUGGAACCUCGGUCAUCAUUAGCAUCUCAACUAGUUGUAUGCUUUCUGAAUUAUCAUGUCCCGCCGAUUGUGUUUAUGUGUUAUCGGAUGAUGAAACUGUCAGGAGUUCCGUGGACGGAGGAAGAGCAUCGGACAUUCUUGAUCGGGCUAGAGAAGUUGGGGAAAGGCGAUUGGAGAGGCAUCUCUAGGAACUACGUGACCACGAGAACCCCGACCCAAGUCGCGAGCCACGCCCAAAAAUACUUCCUCCGGCAGGCUAGUCUUAACAAGAAGAAGCGACGGUCCAGCCUCUUCGAUAUGAUUGGAGGCGGUUCUACCUUGCACGAGCUGAACGAACGACCGCGGUUGAUCAGAACAAAGAGCUCUCUCCGACGCGAGGCGGCGCCUCUUCUUGCGAUGAGCUCCUUCAAGCCCGGCGAUGGAGAAAGCGAUCGCGACCCGCAUGGUUCGAUUUCAAGAGCUGUUUCAUUCCAUGAUUCGGCCAAUCCCUUGGAGCCGAAACCAUCACCAUUGAACCCAAUGAUGAAUCCACCGAGGGCUGGAACAGCACCAGACCUAGAGCUCACACUGGCUGUUCCAGUGCCAUUAGACCAAAAUGAAACCUCGACUUCCUCUCUUUUUCAUUGGAGGACCAAUUAGGGUGACCUAAACGAUGACGUUUGCCUAUAUUUUUCCUAAACAAUGGAUGUGGUUUCUCUUAUCUCUCUCUCUCUCUCUGUCCCAAGUCUAAAUGGAUCAAGAAGAUCAAAUUGUGGAAAUGUUUCCCAUGUUACAGAUGCUUCUUUUACUCUUUCCAUACUGGUAGAGGAUUGUUAUUAGUGGAUGAGCAGAGAUCUAGAGGGUGAUCAGCACAUUGUCUGUAUAAGUUUGAUUAAAUCUCUCCGUUCAUGACUUUCCAAGAUGCGAUUUUUCAUGUUCGCCCCUUAAUCUGAGCUGCUUCGAUAGUUUC